UCUUUAAGCCCUUGAGCUUAUCUCUAUACUUUUGUAAGUUAGAAUCAUCGAGAAUGAUGAAAUCAGGCGUGGGAAUUGAGGAGAGGAAGCAGGUGAAGAAACGAGCGCCGAGCAGGUCGAGAAAGGGGUGCAUGAGAGGCAAAGGUGGACCUGAGAACGCGAGUUGCACCUACAAAGGUGUGAGGCAGAGAACAUGGGGCAAAUGGGUCGUUGAAAUACGCGAACCCAACCGUGGUGCCCGCAUCUGGCUCGGCACAUUUGAGACCUCUCACCAGGCUGCUUUGGCUUAUGAUGCUGCAGCACGCAGGCUUUAUGGCUCAGAUGCCAAGCUCAAUUUACCACACCUCUCUAUCAAACCUCAAUCUCACUCUCACUCUUCUCAAAACAACAUCAACAUCAACAUGGCUGCAUGUUCCAAUUUCAACACCAACACCAACACCAUGGUGCCUCUUCCUUUGGACACCAAUCCAAAACCUUUGGAGAACGAGGCAGAGUUUCGUCUAUGGACACCACCAGUUUUUGAUGAUUCCAUCUGGACAGAAGCUGCUAUGUCCCUUGAUUUUCCUCUACUUGCACCAGACACAUCGGAGAACAACAGUUAUAUCAUCAAUUAAGACUAGUCUAGUUAAAUACUUAUAUACAGUUUCUACUAUCUACCUUUAAGUCUAUAGAAGGUCACCCGUAGUUAUUUUCUGACGAUGAUGUUGAUUAUCACUAUGAGGUCAUCAACCUGGUUAUUGUAAUAAUAUUAUUACAAUAAUAUAUUUACAUUAAAUAUAUAAAUGUUACUUAAUAGUAUUAAGGGAUGGUAAAUUGGUGAUAGUGUUCUAUCACCCCUUGUUUUAAGUUUGUGUCCUCUGUAUGCAGCUUGUGAUAUAUGUCAAUUAAGUAUGAUUGUGUGUAGUAUAUGUAUAUGUAAUAAUGUUUCCUUAUAUAAAAUGUAAUAUUGGAGUAUUUUA